AUGUCCGUCUCCGUCAACCCUCGACGAAGGUCUCCGGUGACUCGCCCGGAGGCUCCUGCCGGCCUUAGUCUUAAGACCAACAUGACCCUUCGCAAGGGCGCUACCUUCCACUCUCCUACCAGUCCUACCUCUUCAACAGACGAUGCCUUGGCUGCUCCUCCUAGCCUUCGUCGCUCCCAGACCAACCUGGACGACGUCGUCAAUGCCCACUGCCGUCGCGCCGCCUUGAUGAUCACCGACAUCGAGAACUCCCUCUCCAGCUUUAACAUCGCCUCUCCCAAGGCUAAGUCCUUCCGCGACGAGAGCCUUCCUGUCCCUAGAGGCUUCCUCAACCUUCCCGUUGUCGACCCAGCCAUGGCAAAGGAAAAGUCAAAGGAAGCGGAACGUCGCAUUCUGCGCCCCAGAACCCGCCGCUCCUCGAGACACCAUGAAUCAGACAGCGGACUCGGCACCUCUGUCGCCCCUUCCGCCGAGACAGAACCUGCGACCACCGCAUCAAAGAAGGCAUCCGCCAUCACCAAGUCGGCCGUCGCCACUGCCUCCAAGGAGAUCGUCGCUGGCCUCAGCUCCAAGGCCGUCAACCGCAUUCGCGAGCACAUCCUCCGUCCUCUCCAGGCCAAGCCGUUGAAGGACUUUGAGCCCAUCGUUCUCGACAUUCCUAGACGCAUUAGAGACAAGGAGAUCAUUUGCUUGAGGGAUCUCGAGAAGACCCUUAUUUUUAUGGCACCGGUAAGUCAAGCUCUGACUGAAACUGGCGUUUGGGGUUAUACUUAUCGAUUGUUGAUGAAGGAGAGGGCCAAGACCGCCGCCUUGUACCUCGAUUUCUGCCUGACGUCGAUCCACUGCAUUCAAGCCACCGUGGAAUACCUGAGCGACCGAGAACAGACUCGACCCAACGACCGACCUUACACUAACGGCUAUUUCAUCGAUCUCGUCGAACAGCUUCACAAGUACGCAGACCAACUUGCCGCCGCCAAGAAGGGAGACGUUGAGAUUGACGUCGACUCGUAUGCUGCCCUCCCCCGCCCGCCGCUCUUCCACGCUAACAUGUCAUCAAGCACCGACGAAAUCAAGCUGUACGGAGGUAUCACCGAGAACGGACGCCCUGCAGAGCUCGUCCGCAUUCGCAAGGACGGCAAGGCCAUCUCCAUGGCCACUGGCUUGGAAGUUGACCUCGAAGACUCCAACUCCCCUAUCAAGAUGAAGCGCUCCUUGAGCCAGCAGCUGGAGGACGACGAGGAGAUCAUGCGCUCCAUGGCCCGUCGCAAGAAGAACGCCAGCCCUGAGGAGCUUGCUCCCAAGAAGUGCCGCGAGCCCGGCUGCAACAAGGAGUUCAAGCGUCCUUGCGACCUGACCAAGCAUGAGAAGACUCACUCGCGUCCUUGGAAGUGCCCUGUGGCUACUUGCAAGUACCACGAGUAUGGCUGGCCCACCGAGAAGGAGAUGGACCGUCACCACAACGACAAGCACUCCUCCGCUCCCCCCAUGUACGAGUGCUUGUUCAAGCCUUGCCCGUACAGGUCCAAGCGCGAGUCCAACUGCAAACAACACAUGGAGAAGGCUCACCAGUGGACCUACGUCCGCACCAAGACCAACGGCAAGAAGCCUGCCAGCAUGGCCGGCAGCGUCACCCACGCUACGCCUCAGCUCAACCACAUGCCCACACCCUCCACCAGCAGCGCUGCCACUCCUCCCCCGCCGAUGGACAACCAGUUCAACUUCAACGACCCGAUGCUCCCUAUGCACUCCAUCGGCCCUGUUGGCGACUUCGCUUCUCACAUUGACGGCAUUGAGUUCCCUUCAUACAUCUCUGACGAGGAGUUCGACCAAGUUAUGCAGCAGCCGCUCGACAACCAGCUUGACUUGGAGAUGUCGCUCUCCCCCUCGGACCACAACACCCCUAACACGGAUGUGUCUACUGGCCCAUACUCUUACCAGGAGGGCCCCGAGUUCACCGUGAACGACGACAUUUACGCCGCUCACGCCCAGCUCCCCACUCCUGACCGUGCCCUCUUCGCCGACAAGCAGAUGAACAUGGCUUUCCCAAUGUACCAGUCUGUUCCCUCUUGCCAGCCGCAAAUGCUUCCGGCUCAAACCGCUCCUCACAUCUCCCCGAUUGGCCAUGGUAAUGCCAUGCUGUAUACGCCAAACUCGAUGGCUGAUGUUGACGAGGGCUUCGAUGACAACUUCGGCAAUGGCGGAAACGACUUCUACGGGAAUGACUUCCAGCUCUUCCCGGCCAACAACGCCACCAAGACGUUCGAGCCUCUGUUUGGUGAGGUGCCCAGCGCUGGCCUCGGCUACUCCCAGACAUCGCAGGACCCCUUUCAGUCCGUUGACUGGAACAGCAUCGACUUCCAGACCUUUCCCACCCAGUAG